AUGAAUUUCCAGGGGCAACAUUCUCGUCCACCACCCCUUCCUCCGCGAAAUCCGACCACCCCUGUUCCGAUUACUCGACGCCCGGUUGCCCCGCCGCUUCCUCUGGCAUCCAAACCCACUGGCGCUGCCCAAACACCUACAGCACCCGCUCCGAGGAAUAACAUUCUGGAUGACCCGGACGUCAUUACCUACUGCCCAGAAAACAAUAUCCUCUAUGCCACCGCAUACUGGUACUCGACACCCGACGCCCCCGCGUUCGAGAUCUGCUCUUAUUGCUUUGCCUCGUACAUUCGUUCAAGCCAGUGGACGGCAAAAUUCGAACGACAGCUGAAAUCCCCUGAUACAGACCGUCGAUGCCGCUUUAGUACCCCACGCAUGCUCCAGUUAUGGCCGCAGGUCCUUCGCAACAAUGACUGGGCAUACAUCAGCGGAUACAUGAACCACCGGGCUGAUAUUAUGGAUUGUAAGAGCUCGACGCCAUUGACUACCGACGGAGGGCGACAGUGGUAUCGUCUUAAGAACAAUGAUAUUGAUGACUUCGCGAUCUGUGCUGCGUGUUACGAGGAUGUUGCGCUUGCCACACCGUUUGGGAAUCUCUUCCAGCCGAAUCCAAUUGCUCCGCCAGCCGGUGAGCUGUGGGUUUGUGACAUGACAGAGUAUUCACGGCGAGCGAUGCAGAAACUCGGUCAAACAAAUAACUGGAGGGCCUUUGCUGCGACUGUGGCACACAUGAUGACGAUGGCUCCUUGUGGUGGUACGACUGGAGUAAUCGUAUCGAAACGGGAAUGGUAUCGGCCGAAGCCGUACAUCGAUGAUAUGGCCAUUUGUGGCGCAUGCUACUUUCGCUAUUUCGCUGCAUCAUUCAUGGAAUCAGAGUGGGAGCCAAUCCGCGUGGACUUUGAGAACUGCCGCUGGAAUACUUGGGUGUGCGAUAUGUCGCUCCUCUCGACGAAGGUAGCUUAUAUCAAAGCAAUGCAGCAGAAGAACUACUAUAUAUUCUGGAAUGCUGCAAAGGUAAUCCUUGCCAGCCCUCCCUGCCCCGCAGAUGGCGCCUACCGGGGUCUCUGGUAUGGUCUCAGGCUCACUGGUGAGGAAGUCGGUGCCUGUUCCCAGUGCUAUGCGGGAAUAGUCGAGCCCUUCGGAUUCGGCAAAUACUUCGUGCGGGCUCAAUCCUCAUCAAACGAGAAACGCAUGUGCAUCUUCAACGAGUCAGCACCCCGACGAGAGGAGUUCCUGAAGAAAUUUGACGACGCAAUAAGCACAAGAGACUUUUCGAGGUUCCAGGACUUUGCAGUUCGAUUCGCUGUCCUGCCGCCCUGUCCAACGUACAACCUUGUCAAAGACCGCAAGUGGUAUGGGAGUAAUGAAUUUCUCAUCUGUGAGAGCUGCUGGGAAGAGUUCGCGAAAGGUACAAGUCUGGCGGCUCAGCUCCCUCAUCAUGGCAUCGUCCUCUCUAACGCAUGUUGCGAUCUCUAUUCCCACCGCAUGCGCGGCUUAUGGAAUGAAGCGUGCGAGAAGGGUGAUAUGACCUAUUUUACGGAGUUCGCGAAACACCGCGCUACGGUGUACGCGCGGACUGUUCCCCGGAUCCAGGUCAUCCUGACCAUCAUACGGAUGCGGAUGGACCAGAAAAAAGCCCUUCUGAUGAAUAGCCUCACGCUGCAGGCUUCAGACAAUCUUGUCGCCCUAACAAAGGGGCCAAGUUGUAGCAGGUACGGGAACUCCGAUAUAGGGUAUGGGUAUGCGACUGCCGCUGGUGCAAGGGGAGCGAUACAGUUCAAUCAAGGCCUGAGCAUAAACGCCGUUAAUGGCAGUGACAUGGUAGAGGUUGCCCAGCUGGAGAGAAUAUGGAAGGAGGUGGAGUAA